AUGUUGAAGAUUCACAUGGAUGUGAUCAAGAAUCCGGGAGUGAACCUUUACCAAGGAAAAGACCAGCCAAAUAAAGGUAAAGGUAAACCAAAGGACAAUAAGAAAAAGGCAGCAUGUUAUGUAUGUGGCAAAGAGGACCAUAUGUCUCCAAAAUGCCCAGACAGACUGCUACCAGAGAGUCAAUGGAAGCAUCUGAAACACUAUGUUGAUUACAAGAAGAAGCUCAAUCUAAAUCAGAUUGGAGCAACUGUCCCAACUACAGCUACAGUUCCUGGAACCUCACCAGCAACAAGUGUGAUCACGGGUGGAACAUUGAGUGUUGCGGGAAGCGCUAACACACCUUUGCGACUUGCUGGUACUACAGGUAAUCAAAUGAUUCAAGUUCCUACAGGUAAUCAAAUGAUGCAAGUUCCUUGGGGAAUGCAGCUCAUGCAGAUUCCAACUCAAGGUGGCGGCACUGUGACUGUCCCUUACUCUAUGAAUGCUAACGGUGAGAUUGCGUUCAGUGGAAUGCAACUCAGCCAACAAGGCUUCAGUGGUGCUCAAGUGCGCCAAGGAUUCGAUGCAACUCAAGCUGGCUAUUAUGCUAUGUCAAAUGUCUUUCACGAUGCUAUCAAGGGAAAGGAUGAGAAUGGCAAUGAUGUCUAUCUUAUUCCAUGUCCUACUGGAAUGAAUAACGUCGAACUUCAAUCCGACUGGCACUACGCUAGUAAAAGUGAAGACUUGCCAGAUCUUGCUACUGAAGCAGAUCAAGGUAUGCAGUUUAUUCAAAGCCGCAGAAUCAAAAGAGAUCCGUUUGGUUUGCUCAAUCACGUCACCAUGGACAGUGGUUGCACCAACACCACCAUUUGUAAUGGUGAACUCAUGCAUGGACUACGUCAAGCUGAGAAAGAACUCAAUAUGCACACUAACGUGGGCAGCAGAGUUCUCGAUGAAGAAGGGUUUCUAGGAAGAUUUCAGCCUCCAGUAGUUGGAUUUCGGUUCUGGCAGACAUCAGACAAGCGACAGGCUUGUCGUCGUCCAAACCGAUUGACAACUUUGUGGCCCAUAAAGCCAUCAUUGCCAACCAGCCGUGCCAACAUGCAACCCAUCAAGUCGUCAUGCAGAGGCACUAACCAUAGCGAUCUCCGAUCCGUCUAA